AUUUCGUGUUAUCUUGCUGCAGUAACCUUAGCUUGGUAAAGCUGUGAGCUAAUCCCUGGUACUUAUCGUCCACUUCAAACCAGUACUUGGCCGUGGUGCUGUGACCCUCAAAGGCAAUGCUUCCAUCGUCCCCGCCACCGUGGGACAUUGCUCCCAUCUAUCUAUAUAAGUGAAACACUGUUCUUCAAGCUUCAACCAUUCAUGUCUACCAUAUCCUCCGAGAAAUCCCCCCAGCAUUCGCAUGAGACGAUGAACGAUCGUUUCACUGGACUCGGUGCAAAGGAUCAGCGCGCAUACGAGCGCGCUAGGCACCAGACAAAGGAGCGGCGGGAGCACGCACAGGUGAAGGAGCGCAAAGAGAGGGCGGCGGCGGGGGUACGAGCACCAGCGUUCAAGGAAGGGCACUUAAGCCGAGCUGCCAGGAGGGUUAGCAUGGAGUUCUGGGAUGGUGAUGAGCCUGACUCUCGUACUCUCACUGGAUCUGGGUGCCCCGUUAAUAUCGCACCGAUGCCGAGGAAUAAAUCUGGUUUCUCCAAGAUGGCACUUGGGGAUUUCGUGACGUUAAGGACCAAGAAAUUAUCUAAGACGCAAGAUGUUGACUUUGAGAUUCUCCCACCCGUCCGUUCGGUCAUCGCUCUUGACGACCUUGGACACGACAUUGAGAUUAAUGAGCCUUGGGAAUUUAUCUCUCUUGCCUCCGAAUCACCCGUUUGGAAGGGUCUAUCGUACGCUCAGGCCGCUGCUUUGACACUUUAGAUCAUGCCAUUGUGAUUGACAUUUGAUAAUUUUGAUUAGUAUCAUACCAUAUCGUACCACACCCAUUACGACUUAGUUCAUUCCUCAAUCCAUUAACAUUACGAACUCACUUUACACCUUCGAGCUCCGUGUCGUAUUGUCUUGGUCCUCGUUAUAAUUCUACUUACUGAACUGGGUGGUGUAUUUGGACUUCGAGGAUCAAUUAUAGCUAUGUUAUACCCCUGCAGAAACGUGUAGAGCUAGAACCUUUAUCGAUCUUUGCCAAAAAUGUUUAAAUUUGCCAUCGUACAGAAAGCAGUGAAAAUGAGGAAA